AUGCUGCCUGCCUGCUUCAAACAGGCUAAGGGCAAAAGUGAACCAAUUUUUGGCGAAAAACUUUACGAUGCAAUAAUUGUCUAUAGUCCAAAUGACAAAGACAAAGCCCUAAAUUUUUUAUCAAGUUUAAAAAGAGACAUCCUCCGGGAUGAAAAUUGUUUCCAGAUUGCUCUGUUUGAUGACCCUAGAAUCUCAAGUAUAAACGAGGCAUUCCAAACUUCUUCUGUGGCAUUCGUGUUACUGACCAAAGACUUUUGUGAGUGUGAUUGGCCUGGGUUUUCCAGCAAUCAAGUUGUAAUGGAGUCCCUGUAUACGAAAACGCCUUGUACCAUUGUACCGGUCAUUCUUCCGAACGAAUUUGGUGGAAAUAUGUUCAAAAUCCCCAUGGGUUUAAAAUGUAUGAAACAACUUCGGCUGAAUUUUGAAGAUGAACUUGUCAGGGAAAGUGUGUCUAGAUUUCUUACCUUAAAAAUCCGACAACGUCUUUCAAAGAUGAUGGAGGUCUAGAUUACUAGGCGGCAGCUUCUGUCGGAAUCUCUUCGCACAAUGACAGUGACAAAGAAAUGGCAAUAUUCUACUAACCAUAGGCAUUACUAACUCUCAAAACGGCAGCAUAGAUUGUAAUAAACAUUUUUUUUUUAAUUUUAAAUAACGCUUAAUGCGUUCCUAUCUUUUGUGUAUUAAACGUAUAUCAUAAU